AACCAAAAAUAUAUAAAAUCUGAAAGAAAAAAAAAAGAAAAAGAAAAAGAUAGAUUAGAGGCAAGAGGCGGUGGUGCCAAACUGGCUGAAUUGGGUUUAUUUCCCAGACCCAAAUCUCAGUAAUAAACCUCUCAUUUCUUUCCUAUAUAUAUGUAAAAGUCGGCUUAUGAUAUUGCGAUGCAUCAUCAGUGUCGUUUUCUCUAGAAAGGAGAAAGAGAAGAUUCCCUUUCUCUCUACAAAACAACUUUUUCAGCCAUUGUUGGAGUCGUAAACUGAGAUCCAUCCAUGAGUAUGGUAACAAACCCUAGGUAGGUGUAGCGCCGGCGCUUGGUUCCGGUCCGGCGACAGGUGAUGGCAUUUCAACGGCGGCGCAACAAUUACUACCACCGGUUUCGGUAUUUGCUUCAAGCCGUCUCUGUCGUCUCCGGCGCGCUUCUUGUUCUUCUCGCGAUUAUCUCCUUCCUUGCUCCUUACCCUGUCGAUACCGAUAGUCCUGCCCUGCGCGUUCAGCGCGACUCCUCUUCGUUAAUUGGUGGUACGGACGAUGCGAUUGUAGGAGUGUCAGUGUUUCGAGUUCCGAACAAUGGAAUGAGAUCAGGUCGUGAUCUUUGGACUUCAAGGAAUUCCAAGUACUUCCACGGAUGCUGCAAUGCCAGCAACAAAUAUUUGAAGGCUGAAGCUAUUACGCGUCCUAAUAGAUACUUGGCAAUUGCAACUAGCGGAGGCUUGAAUCAACAAAGAACUGGGAUUACAGAUGCUGUUGUUGCUGCUCGUAUAUUAAAUGCCACUCUUGUUGUUCCUAAGCUUGAUCAGAAAUCUUUUUGGAAAGACGCAAGCAACUUUUCUCAGAUCUUUGAUGUUAAUUGGUUUAUAUCAACUUUGGCAAAAGAUGUUAAAAUCAUAAAGGAGCUCCCAAGAAAAGGAGGGAAAACAUGGAGUCCUCAUACCAUGCGUGUUCCAAGGAAAUGUAGUGAAAGAUGCUACAAUAAUCGUGUGUUACCUGUUCUUUUGAAAAGGCAUGCUGUUCGGCUUACCAAGUUUGAUUACAGACUUGCAAACCGGUUGGAUACAGACUUGCAGAAACUGAGAUGUAGAGUUAACUACCAUGCUUUAAAGUUUACAGAUCCAAUAAGAAAGAUGGGUGAAAAACUGGUGCAUCGAAUGAGGAUGAGAAGCAAGCAUUACAUUGCAUUACACCUUAGGUUUGAACCUGAUAUGCUUGCGUUCUCUGGUUGUUAUUAUGGUGGAGGAGACAAGGAAAGGAAGGAAUUGGGUGCAAUACGAAAGAGGUGGAAAACUUUACAUAUAAGCAAUCCCGACAAGGAAAGGAGGCAUGGUAAAUGCCCACUCACGCCAGAAGAAGUUGGUCUGAUGCUGAGGGCAUUGGGCUAUGGUAGUGAUGUUCAUAUCUAUGUGGCAUCCGGAGAUGUAUAUGGAGGUGACGAGACAUUAGCACCCUUAAAGACACUAUUCCCAAACUUCUAUUCCAAAGAGACUAUAGCAACGAAAGAGGAGCUGGAUUUGUUUUCUUCAUUUUCUUCUCGUAUGGCUGCACUUGAUUUUAUAGUUUGCGAUGAAAGUGAUGUUUUUGUUACCAACAACAAUGGUAACAUGGCCAAAAUAUUAGCUGGUCGAAGGAGAUAUUUUGGGCACAAACCAACCAUUCGUCCUAAUGCUAAAAAACUAUACCGUUUGUUCUUGAACAAAAACAACAUGACCUGGGAAGCUUUUGCCUCUAGAGCCCGUACUUUUCAGAAAGGUUUCAUGGGAGAGCCAAAUGAGGUGAGGCCAGGUAGGGGUGAGUUCCACGAAAACCCGUCGACCUGUAUUUGUGAAGAGCCCAUGCCCAAGGAGAAGAGAGAUCUAGGAUCUAGGAAGCAUGGAAAGGGAAACGAUGAUUCAACGAGAAGGGAGGAAAUAUUUGAGGACCAAAAUUUUGAUGAUGACCCUGAAUGGCCUGAUAUGGAGGAAGACUACAAUCAGAGCGGCAUUGGAAUAGGUUUGGAUUAUGAUGGAGUCAACUCUGAGGAACCUGAACUGGAGGAUAUGCUUUCUGACUAAACAAUUUCAGCUGAAUCCUUUCGCCAAAGAAAGCUUGUGAGGAAAAACAUGGCACGGUAUGGUAAUGGUCUGUUAAAGAGGGAGGAUUUUCUUGAGUUUCAUCUCUCGAUUUGAGAAAAAAUACCUGCAGAAGGAGAAUAUGCACAUACAACUGGCCUUUUUCGAUUCCAAUUGUAAAUUUGGAAUCAAUUUGCUCACCGGCUCGCUCUCAACUAUGAGUAAUUGUAAGUUCACUAACGCCUAUGGUUUUUGAGAAAUGUUUAUAUUUUCUUUGUUAUUUUCUUUUCUGUCGACUAAAGGCGGGUUUGUACACUAUUUAUCCUAUCGUUGAGCUUAAAAGGCCGGUCUGGCCUGCUUGUGUUAAA